AUGCCGCUUCACCGAAAGGACGGAAGCCCUCCCUUUGCAACGACCGGGGUUGGUGGCGAGAGAAUGAAAGAAGAGCGGCGGUUUUCAGAGAACGAACGGCGCCUGCCGGGGAAACAUGAUCAUGUUGAUACACAUGAUGUUGAGUCAGGAGCCUACAGGGCUACUGCCACCACUAUUGCUGCUAGUAGCACAGCUAUUACAAUCAGCCAGAACCCCAGCAGCGCCGGUGCUUCUGUUUCUAACUAUGCUGCAGGGCAGAGAAGGCACCUGUGGGGCGGAGGGAGGGAUGGAUUUCAGGAGAGAAGAGGAGAGGUAUUGGGAUGUGGAAGCAACCAGCAACGUCCCCAGCAAGGACUCCCUCCACCGGGGGUGACAAAUCAGCCACCGCCCCAUUCCCAGGGGCCCUGUCCCAGUGACCAUCCGGACCGUUCAUCUCAACAGCGGCAGGCCUUCCGGGCCGCACUGGUGGACGGCAGGAUGCCGCCAGGUGGAGCCAUCAUGCCACAGCACCCACCACCCCAUGAUCCUCAGAUACCCUUCCCCAGUGAACCUAGUAGGGAGCGCUCAUUUCAACCGCAGGCCUUCCGGGCCUCACUGGUAGAUGGCAGGCUGCUGCCACGUGGAGCCAUGGCGCGGCAGCUGCAGCUCCAAGCAUCGCCACCACUGGCCGUGAACCGACCCCGGCCAGGUGCCGCCGGUACUACUUGUCGUAUGGGUUGUCCAGUGCCGCCCGAUCGGCAAUAUCAGCAUGAAGAUAGUAAUGAUGAUGAUGACGACGCCGCCGGUCGACCAGGAGGUGAUUGCCAAGUGAAUGCCGGUUCUGUCAUAGCCGCAGGUACUACUGGAAGAACAGCACUACCCUCUGAUAAGGCCCCGUCGUCAGACGUCGUCAGGCUCAUCGAAGCUCUGCUCCGAACCGCCCGAGCAGGUUCGGGUUCCGAACCACCCUCUCCCGAGGCUGCACAAGCUGCAGCAGCAACUCCUGUAGUCCGUGCUACGGACGCAGCAGGAAACGGCGCCAAGCAGGCGGAUGUAGCAGCUGCAUCGUUUACUGCCACCUGCCGCCUUGCUGCUGCAACAGCAUCCCAUGCUGAAGUGAUCCUGGGAGGGCAGCAAGAGCAAGGGCAACAGCAGGAGGGAACGGAGAAGGAGAAGGAACGGCACGAGGAGGAGCAGGUGGAGGAGGAGGAGGAUGAGGAGGAAGACGAGGAGGAGGAAGAAGAGAAGGAAGAAGAGGCGAAGGAAGAAAAGGAAGAGGCAGAAAGGGAGGAGGAAGAGGAAAGUCCACAACAGCAGGAGGGGAAGCGGCAGGAGCAUCAAGGAGAGGAGAGGGAGCAGAACGAGGACGACGACGUAAAGCAGGAUGUCGAGGAGCGGGAGAAGCAGGCUCGGGAGAAGCAGGCUCGGGAGAAGCAGGCUCGGGAGAAGCAGGCUCGGGAGAAGCAGGCUCAGGAGAAGCAGGCUGAGGAGAAGCAGCGGAAGCGGCAGCGAGACGCGGUGGCAGUGGGAAUAGUUGGCAUGAUCAAGAACCUCGCAGUGGCUGCUGCUAGCCUGCUGCCCCCCCACCAGCAGCACAGCGCUCUCCUACCUCUCAUCCCUCUGCUGCCCAACCUGCAGCAGGUAGCAUCAAAUUUGCCGAGGCAGGGUCUGCCGAACCAAGCUUUGCCAGACCAGGCUCCGAUGGACCGAGGGAACUGGGCUCCCAAGGGGGGAGGCAAAGCAGACGGAAACCAGGAGGCUGCAAGGGGGACAGCCAGGCAGGGGGUAAAGCAGGAGGCUACAGGGGGGGCAGUCAGGGGAGGGGUGAAGCAGGAGGCUGCAGGGGGGGCACUCAGGGGAGGAGUAAAGCAGGAGGUUUCAGACGGGUCUGGGCCCUCGUGUGGCUUCACUGCCCGUCCAGACACUUUCUAUGCUUCAAGGUGUCAACUCUACUCCUGCUGUUGCCGUCGCUCUGUCCCUCGUGCUUCUGCCCCUCCUGCCUUUGCUCCUCCCACCUCUGGCCCUCCCUAUGUCUGCUCUCUGCUCCUCCACAAGGAGGAUAAACUGCCUUCCUCUCCCCCCCAUUCCUCUCCCCCCCAUUCCUCUCCCCCCCAUUCCUCUCCCCCCCAUUCCUCUCCCCCCCAUUCCUCUCCCCCCAAUUCCUCUCCCCCCCUUCCUCUCCCCCCCAUUCCUCUCCCCGCAUUCCUCUCCCCCCCAUUCCUCUCCCCCCCAUUCCUCUCCCCCCCAUUCCUCUCCCCCCCAUUCCUCUCCCCCCAAUUCCUCUCCCCCCCAUUCCUCUCCCCCCCAUUCCUCUUCCCCCCAUUCCUCUCCCCCCAAUUCCUCUCCCCCCCAUUCCUCUCCUCUCCAGCAAGUACCAGCCAGCUCAUUCUCCCUUCUUCCCUCCACCUUUCUUUUCCUCUCCGCCCCCACCCCUUCACCUCCUCCCCUACAGCCUUCAUCUGCCCCGAGCCUGGGUGCCAGCACAACAAGCACCACCCUCGCUUCCUCCCUGGCCUCAUCCUCUUCCCUUGUCCGCCUCUCCUCUCCUCUCCCUCUCCUCUUCCUCUCCUCUCCCUCUCAUCUUCCUCUCAUCUUCCUCUUCUUCCCCCCUGGCCCUCCUCUCCUCUUCAUCUCCCCCUACAGUCUUCACCUGCCCUGAGCCGGGCUGCCAGCACAACGAGCACCACGCUCGCUCCUCCCUUGAAUCAUCCUCUCCACCUUGCCCACCUCUCCUCUUCCUCUUCUCUUCCCUCCGCCCCUAUCCCCUCAGCUCCUCCCCCACAGCCUUCUCCUGCCCCGAGCCAGGCUGCCAGCACAACGAGCACCAUGCUCGCUUCCGUCCGCUCAAGUCCCUUGCUUCGCUGCACACCCACCACCUCCGCGUGCAUGGCAACAGGCCCUUCACGUGCUCCCGCUGCCAGGUGA